AUGCUCGAGAACGUGCUCCGGCCCUUCUUCUCCAAGUACGACACGGACAACAACGGGACGCUGGAGCUGUCCGAGCUGUCGCGCGUCUUCGAGGAUCUGAACGAGCCCAAGAGCUCCGACGAGCUCGACGUGCUCUUCAAGAAGUACGACCGCGACGGCUCCGGGUCCAUCUCCUUCGACGAGUUCUGCGUCGGCAUGCGC